AUGCCACGUACACCCAGUCCUCGUUCUGAUUAUUCGCGCCGACAUAUUUUACGUUCAGAAUAUAGAGAGAAAGAUGCAUAUUCCCGCGAUCGAGAACUCCCUUCCGAUACUUACCGUGAUCUGGAUAGACCUAUGGAAGAUCCUUAUUAUGAACGUCGUAGAUCUCGUUCACCAACUGGAAGAGAUAGAGAUAGAGAGAAAUAUGAUCGUCGGGAAAGAAGAUCAAGGUCUCCAUUAAGAGACCGAGAUAGGGAUAGGUAUCGGGAACGUGAUAGAAAAGAACGUCGCAGAACUCCUGAAAGACUUGGACGAUACCGUUCUCGAUCACGUUCUCCCGGUGGCAGAAGAGAACGUGGCCUAAGCCCUUAUGGUUCUGAGCGCGAUCGUAGAGAUGAUAGAUAUGAUCGGAGAAUCAAGUCACGAUCACGAUCACCAAGGAAAGAAGACACUGGGAACGCGUUGGGAGAACCGUCAAAUAAUCCUGCAAACAAUCUAAACCCGGAUGACGAUCCUGAGAAAGCAAUGAUGAUGCUUAUGGGCAUGUCAGGAUUUAGCACCACAAAAGGUAAGAAAGUUCCAGGCAAUCAAACUUCUGCUGUUAGCAUAAAAAAGCAAAGGCAAUAUCGCCAAUAUAUGAAUAGGCGUGGGGGCUUUAACAG